CGCAAUCCUGUAGUUUCGUGCCGAGAGGUUAAUUUGUCCUCUUCGUGACAGGCAAUAUUUGGUCGUUGUAGCAAGAGAGUAUAAAAGCUGUGCUGUGCAAACGAGCUGUGCAAAUGGAGUGCUUGAUUGGUAUUCAGUGUAAAGAUUUCGUGUUGGUUGCGGCGGAUAUGACAACCACACAAUCCAUCAUAGUUAUGAAAAGCGAUGAGCACAAGAUUCAUAAGAUUUCGGAUAAACUUGUCAUGGCGAUAUCUGGAGAAUCGGGCGAUACAACUCAGUUUUCCGAGUACAUUGGAAAAAAUAUUCAACUGUACAAGAUGAGAAAUGGCUAUGAGCUGUCUCCGAAAGCAGCUGCUUGCUUCACCAGAAGGAAUCUGGCUGACUAUCUCAGAAGUAGGACUCCGUACUUCGUCAAUAUGCUGCUGGCUGGAUAUGACGAUGAUGCAGGACCUGAAUUAUAUUUUAUCGAUUAUUUAGCAUCCUGCGUGAAGGUUCCUUAUGCUACUCAUGGAUAUGGUGGGAUGUUCUCUAUGUCUAUCCUAGAUAGAUACUAUAAAUAUGAUUGUACCGAAGAAGAAGCAUAUGUGUUAUUGAAGAAAUGUGUUCAAGAAAUUCAUAAACGGUUGAUUGUCAGUUUACCAAACUUCAAAGUUCAAAAGGUAUCCAAGAACGGAAUAAAGGAUAUGCAACCAAUCACAGCUGAAAAUUUGGCCGUUGAAAGUUCUGCUAAAGCAUAAAGCGCGUUUAAAUCUUUUCUGUAUGUAUGAAAAGUAACGUUUCUUCGAGGAGGAUAUAGGAAUGAGGAAGAUGUCUAAAUAUAAUGACUUUUGUCACAUAA